AUGACCUGGGGGAUGCAAAACACGGAACAGGAGGCACACCAGCAGCUGUCAGCCGCGUGGAAUGAGUUUGGGUUGAACUUCAUGGACACAGCCGAAAUAUACCCGGUGCCUCCUGCCGCGGAGACCCAGGGCCUGACUGAGCGCUACAUCGGCAGCUGGCUCAAGGCAGGCGGGGCCAAGCGGGAGGAUGUGGUGCUGGCAACCAAGGUCAGCGGCUAUGGGCGGCAGCCGUACCUGCGGGAGGGCGGCAAGCUGCCGCGGGUGGAUGCGGACAACAUCGAGUAUGCGCUGAACAGGAGCCUGGAGCGGCUGGGCACCGACUAUGUGGACCUGCUGCAGAUCCACUGGCCAGACAGAUAUGUGCCACUGUUCGGCGCCCAGUCUUACAACGCGGCCCAGGAGCGGGAGGGCGACAUCCCGUUUGAGGAGCAGCUGCGGGGGCUGGAGCGGGUGGUGCAGGCGGGCAAGGUGCGGCACAUCGGCGUGUCCAACGAAACCAGCUACGGCGUCAUGCGCUUCAUCCAGGCGGCGGAGCAGCUGGGCCUGCCGCGCGUGGUCAGCAUCCAGAACUCGUACUCACUGCUGACGCGGGGCGGGUACGAGACCGACCUGGCAGAGGUGUGCGCUCCGCGGCAGUGCAACGCUCGCUACAUGGCUCGGUACAACCAGAGCCUGGCCAAGCAGGCGGUGGGGGAGUAUGUGGAGGUGGCGAAGCGGCACGGCCUGACGCCGGCGCAGCUGGCGCUGGCGUGGUGCAACAGCCGGUGGUUCAUGGCCAGCGUCAUCAUCGGGGCCACCAGCAUGGAGCAGCUGCGGGAGAAUGUGGGGGCCUUCAGCGUGGAACUCAGCCCGGAGUGCCUGGCAGACAUUGAUGCCGUGUACCGCAGAUACAAGGACCCCGCCCUCAACUAG